GGGGGAACUCGCACUCACCCGUUUCCAUAUGCGCGGCGGCUAUUGCGAAGGAGCGCACUUUUGACCGGCAACUUCUUGGUUUCUACCCUCACCCCGGCUCCUUGCAUGUCACCGAGAUAAUCCCCUUAUUAAACCCCUACUCCUGGUGGACGAAGACGAAGAGACGCGGAAAACACAGAGACGACGACGAUGUCAACGUCGUCUGUGCACAUGCUUGCUGCGCGCGCAACCGGCGAUGCGAACCCGACGACGCCAACGUACACGGACGACCUGCAGUGGAUGACCGCCUACCUGACGAUCCACAUGCUGAGCGCGAACUCGCGGGUGUACAUGUACAUCCUCUGGUGCGCCGUCGCCGCCGUCCUCCUCGUCUGCACCGCGCUGCACCUCUCCCCCGCGCGCCGCUCCUCCCUCGCCGCCCGCUGGAACAAGUGGGCGAUCCGCCGCAGGACGUGGCGCGGGAAGCACAUCGCCAACCUCGCCGCGCGCAAGGGCACCCGCUUGACGCCCCGCUCCCUCCCCGCGAACGGCCAGAUCCUCACCCUCAUCGCCAUCUUCGUCGCCGCGCUCGCCCUGUCCUUCGUAGGGCCCGAUUACCUCGCCCCCACCGCCCCCCUCUUCUCUUUCCAAACGCGCGACCUCAUCCCCCGCGCCAUCUACGACAUCAACUGGUACACGCAGUACCAGCCAACCUAUACGAUCUCCAAGGCUUGGUGGACUGCAGGGGGGCGUACGGGACUCAUCGCAUUCGCCCUCCUUCCCCUUUGCGUACUGUUCGCACUUAAGUCACCCCCCUUCGCCAUCCUCGCGCUCCCCUUCACAAUGCAGACGCAUUUCGACAAGCUCUCUUGGUUGCAUCGCUGGACCGGAUACCUCAUCUACCUCCUCACAGUCCUCCACGUGGGUCUAUGGAGUGUCCAGCUGGCUACCGAGAAACGUGAGCGUACUGGCAAGAUUGCGUACACCUACGCCUUUGGAUACCAGAAGUUUAUCUUUGGCUGGAUUGCGUUUGGCUCCAUGACGCUGAUCAUCAUCUGCUCACUCUACCCAAUCCGCCGCUACCACUACGAGUCCUUCUACAUCAUGCAUGUCAUCUUCAUCCCAUGCACACUCAUCAUGAGUGCCCUACAUCAUCCCCCCGUUGGUCAAUGGUGCUGGGCAGCGCUGGCCGUUUGGAUCGGCGAGCGCGCGUACCGCGCGGUGUGGUGGCUCAACGCGAACGGGUACCUCCUUGAGUCUAUCCAUGCCCAAAUGCCGCCCCCUCCCCAGCCGUUCCGAGUCCCAAAAGGACCGAGCAACAAUGCAUACCCACCCGCUGCGCCACCACCGCCACCCCUCCCCGAUGUUCCGAAGCCAGGCUACGCCCGCGCCGAGCUACUCGCAGGUGCGACGACUCGACUCACGAUGCUGCCCGCCGGUCCGCUUUCUUGGGCACCCGGACAGCACUUCCUCAUCAACGUCCCUGGGGUCGCACCGUAUCCGAUUACACAUCCCUUCACUGUCGCUUCGGCUGAGGGAGGUCCGCUCGUCUUUCUCAUCCGCGCCAAGGACGGCUGGACGCGGGACCUAUGGGACUUCGUCGCGAAGAAGGGUGGGAAUACUACUGUACGGAUGUUCGUAGAGGGUCCCUUUGGAAGCGCUGUGCGAGCGCAUUGGGGGAGGCAUGCGACGGUGGUUAUUGUUGUUGGCGGCGUGGGCGUGGCUUACGGGCUCUCCGUCCUUGCGCAUGUGUGCGAGGAUCUCGUGCGCGGGAAGGGUGCGACGCGGCGUAUUCGCUUCAUAUGGCUGAUGCGGGAGUACUCCCAUUUAACCUGGUGCGCGACGGAGCUCAGGCGGUACAUGGAAAUGGUGCCGCCACCGGCUUUGGAGGUCAGCAUGUUCGUGACGGGCGCGAUGCAGCCUCUUCCACCUGUGAAGCCCCCGAAGGACAAGCUCGAUGCGCUGUCGCCCAAGUCGCAUGCAUCGCAUCUACCAUCACCCCUCUCGGCUUCGACGAGCUAUAGCCCUACGCCGUAUACGCCAUCUGCUAGCCCAGGCCCUAGCGAGUUCGACGUGGCCGAUGCGUAUGAUAUGGAUGCGUACGUGGACCUCAGUUACUACACGGGCGAGUUCGGAGACGAGGAGAGUCGACCAGGCGCCCCUGGCGAGAACUACACCCGCGACCUAACGGACUUCGAGGGCGACGAAGGCGGGGACUCGCGACGACUGUCUGGCGAGGCGCGUCUGAGUCGCAGAGUGCAGCGUGCGGGUCGACGACUUCGGGCGCAGUCACGGGCAAUACGCAUGAGCACGAGCGGCUUUCAGGAUAUCAUGCCUGACGAGGAUGGGCGGAUGCCAGACGCGGCGCAUCUUGCGCAGGCGCGGCAGAAGCUUGGCUCGCGCGGGUCGACGGCGGAGCUGCUGGGCGAGGACAGUGAGCUUGCGUACGCACGGGCGUCGAAGUACGCUGGCGAAGUUGACAUUGGUGCGGCACCGCCACGGAUAUCAUUGGCACCGCAGCUGCCGGCGUUGAUCGAGGACAGCGAUGACGAGCGAUCCGUUUAUGGGCCAGAGUCGCCCAUGGACGCGCGCGCCUCUUCGAGUAGCGCCUUCGGCAACGCAUCGCAAUAUCACCUAAGCUCGUCUCAGUUGGCGUCGCAGAUGGCCAGCUCGUCGCGCGGAUCGUCAACGCUUAUCGACUCGGACAGUCGACCCAGUACCCCAUGGUCGGCGUUCGGGGACGAAAAGCAUCUGCUCGAGGCGGAGGGGCCGCGGUUGCUCGUGGGCUCGGAGGAGCUGCGGGAUGUCGCACGGGUGUCCGAGUUUGCGCGACCAGGGAAGCCACGGAUAGACCGCAUACUCGCGGAUGAGGUCGAGAAGUCGAGGGGGUCCGUGGUGGUAGCCUGUUGUGGACCCACAUCCCUCAGCGCAAUGGUGCGCAAAGCAGUAGCACAACAACUACGACCCGACCGAAUCAGCAAAGGGGACCCUCGGGGAAUGAUCGAACUGCACACAGAGGACUUCGGAUACUAACAAACGGACAUUUCACUCCUGGCACAGGUCUUCGCUUUUCGCUAUUCUCUGCGUCUUCAUUCGCCAUUGUUCGCUCUGCUUCAAAGACUUUUGCUAUGACGGACACUUGCUCCCCGGAUCCCGUACGUUCCUUUGUCUCUACAUACAAUAUAUAAUUCUAUACAGCUACUGGGACGGUGCAAACGCUGCCCGCUUGAUCGUUGUAUCUCUAGUGUAGUACCUACGUAGAAGUGGGUUGAUCAAGUUGAAGUUAUCAGGCAUUCUUCGGGUGUAGAGUGCGGGAGGGUGAAGGGUAUGGUGCAUAGAAGGAGGCCACCGGAACUGUGCUGUUGAGCAUCGACUAAACGACGUUCUGAGUCGCCUCCGCGGGG